CUCUCUCCAAGGAUUAACUUUGCUCGAGAUACAUAAAUCUAUAUUUUCUUAAAAUUUCAAAAUUUACCAAGGUUACACAAAAAUGGCCAAACGAUGUCCUUCUGCCGAAUCGGGGAAAACGUCCCCGGCCCAACUGCCAAAUCCGACCACGCCUCCCUCAGUUCAGGAUGAAAUCGCUCAACAAUCUCCCCUCGUCUCGUCGCCUGCUCAAUUGCCAAAUCCGACCACGCCCCCGGUGCAGGAUGAAAUCGUGUCCACAAAACGGAUCGGAUCGGCUUUGCGGAAAAUCAAGAAAACGGAUCGGGUGUCAAAACGGGCUUUAUUUUUAACCCGAAAAAUCGGAUCGUAUUUUCAAAACCUAAUCCCUGACUCAACUCUGAUUAAGAGGUGGGUGGGUUUGGGCCCCUUAUCUUACCCGUGUUAA